GGGACUCUUACGUAGGAACGAAGAAACUGUGAUCUGCGUGGGCGCGCUAAGGAGAGAGAGGGCGCUCCCCGAGCAGCAACAUGAAGCUGGACCUGAUGGACAGAGAGAAGGGGUUGGAAUUAUUCUCCAAGUUCAUACGCACGAAAAAUGUGGAGAGUCUGCAGGGCGACCACUCCAAGGCGGGUCCCGAAUCGGAUCUACCGGGCGAAUCGAAACAGAAAUUACAGAAGUGCCUGACGACUCUGGACCUGACGUCCCUAGGGGUAGGCUCCUGUGUGGGGACGGGGAUGUACCUGGUCGCAGGAAUGGUGGCAAGGAGCGUCGCGGGGCCUGGCGUCGUGGUCUCUUUUAUUAUCGCCGCCAUCGCCUCCAUAUUUUCUGGAGCUUGCUAUGCCGAGUUUGGUGUUCGAGUGCCUCAUACAACGGGCAGUGCUUACAUGUACAGUUACGUGACUGUAGGCGAGUUAAUAGCAUUCAUAAUUGGUUGGAACAUGGUGCUGGAGUACCUGAUAGGUACUAGUGCAUGUGCCUGUGCGUUGAGCGCUUGUUUGGAUGCCUUGGCGAACGGAGCCAUGUCUGAUGCGAUAGGGAACAGCGUGGGAACCAUUUUUGGACGACCCCCGGACUUCCUGGCGUUCGUUAUCACCAUCUUGAUGAUGCUGCUGAUGGCCGCCGGGGUGAAGAAGUCCCUCGUCUUCAACAAUGUGCUAAAUGCCGUCAACCUUGCUGUGUGGGUCUUUGUCAUGGCGGCUGGUAUGUUCUAUGUCGACUCGAAGAAUUGGACCGAGCAUAAUGGCUUCAUGCCUUACGGAUGGAGCGGGGUGUUCACCGGUGCCGCGACUUGUUUCUACGCUUUCAUCGGCUUCGACAUAAUCGCGACGACCGGCGAGGAGGCGACAAACCCGAAGAAAAGCAUCCCCUUGGCCAUAGUCUCCUCCCUGGUAAUCAUCCUCGUCGCGUACGUUACCAGCAGUAUGGUGCUGACGUUGAUCGUGCCCUAUGAGGAGGUGGACCAGGAUUCCGCGCUGGUGGAGAUGUUCGGCCAGGUCGGGGCAUACAAGUGCAAGUAUAUCGUGGCUGUCGGGGCUUUGGCAGGGUUGACAGUCUCCAUGUUUGGCAGCAUGUUCCCCAUGCCGAGAAUAGUCUACGCCAUGGCCCAGGACGGGCUGAUAUUCCGGACGUUAAGUCAAGUGUGGCCUGCCACCGGGACGCCCGCUCUGGCAACAUUGACUUCCGGUUUGUGCGCAGCUUUCGCUGCUCUUCUGAUCCAGCUGGAGGUGCUCGUGGAGAUGAUGUCCAUCGGGACCCUUCUGGCUUACACUUUGGUGUCUACGUGUGUACUGAUACUCAGAUAUCAGCCACACUCUACUAAUCUGGUGGAGCUGCUUCCCCAGAGUCUGAGAACGCCCUGCAGAUCACCAACCAAGGAAACCCAAGGCAAUGGUCAAGUGACAUAUGGCAAGGAAUUGAGACCAGAUCAAUUGACCACGGCCUUAAACAGUGUUCAAUCAACCCAAUCGGAUAUGGCGUCUUCGACCAGUGGUCAAAGGAUCAUGGUUAGACGCGUGAGGAGGUGCAACAGUUCGUCUCCGGAAUCCGACGACACCUAUGGCGCCGAAGAUGAUGAAGUAGGAUUAGGCAAGGACGACCAGUACCUGGUUAGCGACAGAACGGAGAACAAAUUUUAUGGAAGCGUGCAUGCAGCUGCAGCUGCUUCCACCUGCGGCAGUACUCAUCAGUAUCCAGGAAACACCCCGAUCAUCGGACCCCCGUUAAAUUACCUUCAGCGCAGGUUACAGGCAGCACAGUAUCUGUGUCCAGCGAUUUUCCCAUGGGUGGACAGGGGCCCAGCAACGGAAGCGUCCGGUCGUUUCGUCAUGAAAAUGGUCGGGAUCUUGUACAUUUUAAUCCUGAUCUUCGAUCUAAUUAUCGUUUGUGGGAUGGGUAACAUGGGCACGUUCACAACGAUACUCCUCUUCCUCUUCCUGUUUGCUAUAAUCGGAGUGCUACUCGUUAUCAGUAGGAAACCUCAGAACAGAAACACCAUGAUGUUCAUGACUCCGGGCCUGCCAUUUGUACCGGCGAUCGCUGUUACGGUGAACAUCUAUCUCAUCUUCAAGUUGAGCAUCUUGACCCUGGUCAGGUUCACAGUGUGGAUGACCCUUGGGUUCAUCAUGUACUUCUACUACGGCAUCAAGCACAGCAGCCUGGAGAAGGGCUCGAGCGAGGACGUGGACGGCGCUGGCGCCGGCACGGCCGGGAACAUCGAGCUCACCGUGACCGAGCAUCCAAAAUCUCAAGUCCCGUACCCCUCGCAGGACCGCAGCAUCUACGAGGGCCAGCAGUUGGAUGCGUUCGGGCAGCCAGUGUUCGGCAGCACGAAUUUCGGCGGCACGCCGACAGCCCCGACGAUCGGCGGGUCCGGUUCGUCGCAAGCUUCCCACCAGAACGCCCUCUUCGUGGCCCAGGACAGCUUUCCGACCUGGGACGAUUGA